AUGUCGGAUUUUGCAAGUUUUCAUCAAAAAAUUUUUAAAAAUGCGAUUGCACGGAUUCUGUUUGAAGUCGGAUGUGAUAAGGCCAGCGAGCAAUGUUUAUCAGUCCUGAUGGAACUUUUAGGAUGCUAUUUGUAUGAACUUGGUCGAAGUACAAAGGCUGUGGCUGAAUUGGCAGGUCGAACUGAACCUCUUCUGACUGACGUCAUAAUUGCUCUUGCUGAAAUGGGUCAAAAUGCUAAUGAUGUUGUUACCUUUGGAAGACGUUCUACACAACUUCCUUUCAACAAAUUACAGUUUUCUAGCUCCUUAUCAGAUGGGAAACGAUUACAGGUUGGAACUCCCGAAUCACAUCCAUACCACAUCCCUGAUUAUCUUCCACACUUCCCAGAUCCUCAUACUUAUAUAAAAACAUUGACAUACAAGCCUCCAGUGACAGAGUAUCAAAUAAUUCGUGAAAAAAUGGCAGUACAGAAAAUGGAUACCGAACAAGCAUUAACAAAGUUCAUAGCCAAAACUGGAAAUACAGAAAAUCUCUUUUCAGAUGAUCCUUAUGCUUUUCCUUUGAUUGCCAACAAAUUGAAGGCUUCCCCGUAUUACGAAGCCUUAAUGCCGAGAGAAGAAGAUUUGAAUGACGACGAAAUUUUCCCUGUUGCAGAAGAAUCAUCUGAUAAGUCCAAAAAUAACCUAAUUGGUUCUGAUCCUCUCAAACAGUCUCAACAAUUUUCAACUAAAAUCAAGAGCAAUGGAGAAUCUGGAUAUGAUAUUCCAAUAGACAAUCCUUAUCUAAGACCAAUAAAAAUGCCAAAAAUUAAAUUGAACUUGCAGACGUGA